UGCACUGCAACAGAAGAAACAACGUAAAUACAGUAACACUUGUUGAUUACAAUUUUAUAUUUAAUAUUACAUGCCAGCAUAUUUACCCAGUAUGAUGACCUCACAAUGUCACAGGAAAUUUCCCCUUUUGCUUUCUAUGGUAGACAAUUUUUGGUGUGCGUUUCUGCACUGUUUUGACCUUUCUUGUUAAGUCCCGCCUUACGCACGCCAUUGGUCAAACUGCUUCUCAAUCAUUGGCCUCGGCCCAACGGCAUCAGCCAAGAGACAAAGCAGCAGCCUGUUAACUGCAGGUGGCACAUCAUGGCUCCAAAACAGCGUACAAAUACCUCAAGGAAAAAAUCUCUGUGUUUUUGUUUUGGUCGGGAAACGUGCUCAUUGACAUGGCAAAUAAGCUAAAACACGGAGGGGAGUUGGGUUCGCUGGAAUAUUUACAGGCGUCAGUUUGUUUUCAAAAAUCAAUGUCAACAAAACAAUCAUGGACCUCGAUGUCGAGUGGUGAAGGAAACAGCAUCCAAUCUGGAAAGGAAACCAAAGAUUUACUUGAUGAGUGGCCAUAUCUUUUUCAGCCAGCAGGAAUGAAAGCACACUUUAAAGAGCUCACUGGCAUUGACAUAAACAACAGCUUUGAAGAAUCUGCUUCCAGUAAGUUCAGAAGAAUAUUGGACUACUUUCAAUUUCAGUGCACAGAAAGAGCAAGCAGAGCAGGGAGAAUCCUCACAAAGUAUAGAGCUGGAGGGGAUCAUGUUUGUGGGGCCGUGAUGUUGCUGCUAACCCAUUUCAAAAAUUACCAAGACCACUUUCUUGUGAUGGUAGAAGACACCUCUGUUCCAAGUGAUAUAUGCUCAGAACAGCUUCCAGCAACACCAUGUAUAGUAGUGUGUGGAGAGAACCCACUGACAGCCAGUGUGUACAUGGUAGCAGUAGACCAGAUGAUUGUAAAUGACCAUCUCUUGAGUUUUACAGAAGCCCUGUAUCUGAUGUUCUCUCUUUACUAUAUAUUGAACAUCAGUUACCCUGUAGAACUGGGAGCCACACUAGAAUUCUUGCAAAGGUGCAUCUUUAGGAUAAAUCCUCAUAAAGGUACCAAGGUGGAAAAGAGAGAGAAAAAGAGAGCGGACUCUGUCAACCCCAGAGUAUUGAGUCUGACAUCAAAAAUUGCUGCAUUUGAUUGGGGAGAGUAACAGGUAUAGAAGCUCUGUUGUCUUGUAUAGUAGUGGUAGACUACAUAUUCUGUGUUUAUC